AAUCAAGCCAGCUACGUCAUCGAAAGUGUAGAAAAUGGAGGAUCAGCGAGCAGGACUGAGCGCGGCAAUAAUCCCACGGGGAGUACAAGCAGUGAGAAGAAAGAGAAACUGAACCUAUCCCGCUUGUCAAAGAGAAGUCUGCUGACCGCCUUCCUCAUUUGUCUGGCUAAUUUCUGCGGCGGCUGCAUCUACUCCAUACCAUCUCCAUUCUUCCCCGCUGUGGCUGCCCGGAAGGGAAUGUCUGAAAGCCUCACUGGUUUCCUCUUUAGCAGUAGUGAGCUCAUUAGCUUUGCGUGUUCUAUUCUUUUCGGCAAAUACUUAAUGCAUAUAGGCCCCAAGUUUCUGUACGUCUCUAGUAUAUAUCUCUCAGGAGUGAGUUCAAUUCUUUUUGGGCUGUCAGAGAACAGUUCACCAGGAGCCAUUUUCAUUUCAUUAACUUUUAUCUGCCGCUCUAUCGACGCCGCCACCUUUCCCGCCGUCUUCAACUCCGGUUUUGUCAUCAUGUCUAGCGAGUUCCCGUCGCACGUGUCCACAAUCUUUGGAAUCACGGAGACAAGCAUGUCAUUGGGUCUCAUGGCUGGGCCCAGUGUUGGAGGUGUCUUGAAUCAGAUAGGAGGUCCCAGCAUGCCUUUCUAUGUGAUCGGGGGACUUAUGCUGCUGGUUGGACUGACCGUUUUCAUGUUCCUUCCCCCUCCACAAGAAAUCGAAGAAAAGAAACAGAGCAGCUUCUUCACCCUUUUGUCCAGUUCCUUGGUGUGGGUGGCCUUGUUGGUCACACUGACCUUGGGAGUUGGCAAUUCCUUUCUGUGGCCAGUCUUUUCCAUCCACCUGGAACAGUUUCAUCUAUCAUCGUCUCUGAUUGGUCUGAUGUUUAUCAUUGUCCCAGGGCUAUAUGGACUCACAAUGACUGUCUCGGGAUACUUGUUGGACAAAAAGGACGUCAAGAAAGUUGUCACUGUCUAUGGGAGUUUUAUUUGUGGUUUGAGUUUACUGCUCCUUGGUCCUACCCCACUGUUGCCGUUCCUGCCUGUGAAACUCUGGGUAAUAAUUGUGGGCCUGUUCGUGUAUGGGUUGCACUACGGACCUGUCGUGAUAGCAACUAUGAGAUGUACGAUUGCUGGUGCGGGCGAACUGGGAUUUGAAACCAACCUGGAGGUAUACGCCUUAGUGGCUGGAGUAUAUAAUGCAGCAUAUUUUCUUGGAACAUUUAUUGGACCGACGAUGUCCGGGACGCUGGUGGAGACCAUUGGGUUCAGAUGGGCGUCAACUUGCAUGACUGGACUCUUUCUGCUGGCUGCAGUCUGCAGUUUGUUUUAUUUUUCUAUCCAGCGUUUGAGAAAAGGAUGGAAGAAAGCUGCAGACUUGACCUCACAAAAAGGUCACU